UAGAAAAACAAAGUUUGCAAAAAAUUUUCUUCCAUCAAUUUGAUCAAAGUUUUACAGAAAUUAAGUGUUUAUUUUAGGAAAAAAAGUGUUAAUGUUGUUGAAAACAAAUUAAACUCAAUGAUUUCAAACGAAAUCAAGUAUUAAAUUUUGCAUUUCCAUGCAAAUCAUGCUGGGCUUGUUGGAGGUAGAUGGAGCAAAAAGCCAGUAUUGCAUAAAAGGAAAACCAGCAUAAAACGGGUUUUGGAAAAAAUAAAAUAUAGUACAAUUUAGGAACAAGUGUCGUCGACACAUCAAAGACGUGGAAAAAGUUCCUAAAAAGUGUCUAAAGAAUUAAUUUCCUUUCUAAAACAAACAACAACAAUUUGCAAAACAACGGCAACAAAAAUGAAUCAAGCAUCAAAUGCUUCGGGCACCACACACACAACCAUGACAUUGUUGGAUGAUAUCAACAGUUCGAUUGGUAGCAUUUCAAUAUUGGAUGGACGCAAUGGCAUUUACGAUUUGGACUUGGAUAAUGAGCACGACCAUGAACAUGAUACGACCAGCAACACCACCAUCUCACAGAAUUCCCAAUGCUAUACGGAUAGCAUGGAAAGAAUGCGGCAAAAUGUGGCGUUAGGCUCCGAUACCAUAACGCAUCGCAUCUACAAUUAUCGCAAGCGUAGAUUAGUGGAAUAUGAACAUCUCCGCAGUGCCACAUGCGAGGAUAUAUGCAUAGAUUUUAGCCGAGAAAUGGGUAUAUUGCCAAAUACUAGAUAUUUGUUUGGUAUACGGGUAUUCGAUGACUCGGCCAGCAAUGAAUGGUGUCUAGCGGGUCAACAACUGGAGGCUAAUGUUACCUAUUGCUUUCGCAUGCGUUUUAAAGUACCCUCUUUGGACAUACAACUGCAGACAAUGGAUGCCAAUGCCUACGAGUAUCUGUAUAAUCAAAUGCGCUAUGAUAUGGUGCACGAGUGCAUACCGUCCAUCAAAUACCCCCUGAAGAAGGACAAUGUCAUGGGUUUUGGUGCUGUAAACAUGUACAUAGAUUUGCUGGAACAGCGAGAAUCUAUCGAUCGCAUAGAAUCGAAUUAUAAGCGUUAUUUACCCAGACCUUUGGUGAGGGCUCAUAAAAUCUUUAUCAAGGGGAAAAUUUGUAAAUCAUUUCGCAUGCUGAGAGAGCGUCAAAUUGAUUUGGCCCAGGUAAAGUGGCAUUAUGUGCACGAGUUGAAUACACUGGCCACCGAUUAUCUGUUGGAGUCGUUUGUGGGGAUAGUGGAUUUUAUACCGGGCGAUAUAUUGUCAACGACUAAUACGCCAACAACGGCCAAAGUUUAUAUCAAAUUGGAUUUGUUUGAUACAGCGGAGCCGGGCUUAAAAGUGGCACGGGUAACGAGUAAAGAUAAAAUGGAGUGGGUCUUAGUUAGUAAACUGGAAAAUAUUUAUGCAAUUUACACCCGAGGCUCCAAUUCAUUUAGAUGUCGUUUGGAAAUAACUGGCAUGCCCAAUGGUUAUAGAAUAGAAUUUGAAAAAAUAAUACAAUUGGAUGCAUUUAUUUCAUAUCUAGCUGGUUAUAUGAGAUUAACCACAAAAUGGAUGAUAGAUCUUUGUAUGCAAUAUGUUACACCCUCAUUGGCUGAAUUGCGAAAUUUACGUUGUCAUGGACCUGUGGGUGGUGCCUUUUCAUUUGCUAAAAUACGUGAACAACGCGACAAAUGUGGCAGUUAUAUUAUACGUCAGUGUGAAAAAGAAUAUGAUACAUAUUAUAUUGAUAUCAAUACAAAAUCUAUUAGCGAAGGUCUACAGCCGGAAAAAUUCAAGACGGAAACCUUUAAAAUCACAAAAGAACUGUGUCAACUGGAAAAUGUAACAACAGCAGCUGUCAAGUGGAAAUUGCACUAUAAUGGAACACAGGAAAUAUUUGAUAAACUAACAGAUUUAGCACAAUUUAUACCCGCAGAAACAGAACAAAGAUCUCGUAUACCACCCACGGAAUACGAUAAAUCGCCACUACUGUUAAUAUGUUUGCCAAAACAUGUGCAAUUGAAAAAGACUGAAAGGGAAUUAAGCGAAGCUGAACUCUUACGUAAACGCCCACAAAUAUUUGAUCCUCCCAAAGAUUUACAAUGGUAUCACAAUUCCUCUCGUGAGUGUGACAAUGGUAAAAUGACAAAAAUGAAAGCUGACUGGUUACAGGAUGGUGGUUUUAAGGAUGUUACUGUUACCUUAAAAGUACUUAAAGAUGAAAAGGAUUAUGAGGGCUUUAAAGAUUUGGCGAAUACCUGGAGUCGUAUAUACUCACCUCAUAUCAUUAAAUUGUAUGGUUUAACCUUAAAUAUACCCUAUACCAUGGUUAUGGAAUAUUCCAAAUAUGGUCCUUUAAAUGAAUUCCUAAUGCAUAAUAAAGCCAAAAUAUCUCUACGUCAAUUAUUAGAUGUUGUACAUGGUGUAGUAAGAGGAAUUGUUUAUUUGCAAGAAGUUGGCAUAGUGCAUGGCUACAUACGUUGUUCAAAUUUACUUGUUACAAAAUUCGAUCCCAAAACUCAAUUAUUAGAAGCUAAAAUCUCAGAUCCUGGUUUUCCCAGAUCAUAUAGCCCGGAUGAUUUGCCUUGGAUACCAUUUGAAUAUCACCACAAUUUAAAAGCUGCCAAAAAACAAUUAGAUGUGGAUUUGUGGGCUUUCUCUACCACAGUUUGGGAAAUAUUUUCCCGUGGUGCACCCAUCGUAAAUGUGACUAGCGAAAUGUUGCGACAAAAUUACAAUCGUUACGGUGGCAUUUUACCCAACCCCCGUGAUUGUCCACCGGUUAUGUUCGAAGUUAUGAUGGACGGCUGGUGUAUGGAUCCCGAUAAACCAUUUAAUUACAUGCAGAUAUUCCAACGUUUGAUUUCCAUUAAGGAGACUCUCAAUGAUGAUUAUUCCACCAUAGAGGAUCCUGAUGAUUUGGCAGAUUUGGAUUUGGCUAAUGAUGUCAACAAUGCCGAUGAUCCAAAUGUGCGUCAUAAUGGUUUUGCGCAUGAAAUUAAAAAAUCGAAUUUCCGUAAUUAUUUUACCACAACUCCUUCGGUAUUGGAAAUACCUAAUGGUAAGGUAAUAUUUAAAAAGAAAGUGGGCGAAGGACACUACGGCACUGUGCAUCUGGGUGAAGUACGCUAUAAUAGUCCUGACAAUGCUCGUGAAUUCGUGGCCAUAAAAACGCUAAAGUCUUUGAGGGCUCCCCAACUCAAUGAAGAUUUUAUGCGUGAAAUAGAAAUAAUGGAGUCCCUGAAACAUCCAAAUAUUGUUAAAAUUAAACAUUGGAUACAACAACCAUUUUGCAUAAUCAUGGAAUAUUUAGAAAGCGGUUCAUUUUUGGUGUAUUUAACCUCAAGAAAGCCAAAUCUAACAAACCCUAUUCUAUUGAGUUUUGCUUUAGACAUAGCGAAAGGCAUGGAUUAUUUGGCCAGUAAAAAUAUCAUUCAUCGAGAUUUGGCCGCUCGCAAUAUUUUGGUCGAUAGAGACAGUGUUAAAAUAUCAGAUUUUGGCUUAGCCCAACGUGCCGAUUCCGAUGGUUAUUAUAUAGCCCAUAGUAAUCGUGAAAUACCAAUUAAAUGGUAUUCUCCCGAAGCCAUUAAAAAAGAUGCCAAAUUUUCAUCACAAUCAGAUGUGUGGUCGUAUGGUGUGACAUUAUUUGAAAUGUUUUCACGUGGUGAAACACCGAAUUUAGAUCCAAAUACUGAACUGAGCCAAGACGAAUUUCUACAAAGACUUGAAAGAGGAGAUCGUUUACGAAAACCUCCACUCUGUCCUGACAUUGUUUACGAUCGCCUCAUGAGAACCUGCUGGCAUGCAAAUCCAAAAUUGCGACCAACCUUCCGUGAUAUUGUUGGUGUAAUACAGUCAAUUAGAAAUGAAACUACAAGUAACAUACCAAAGUCAGAUUUAAAUAAUAUCUCCCCACCUUUAUCUAUUUCUUCAAUGAAUAAGGAAUAAGGUAUAACUAAAAAUAAAACAAAAAAAAAUUUAAAUGAAAAUCAAGUGCAAGUGAAAAUUAUUUUCAAAAUUUUAUAUUUAAGAUACAAAAAAAAAAAAGCUCUCCUAUUCUCGAUUUAGAACCCUCAAUGAAAUUAAGUUAAAUGUAAACCUAUAUAUAUAUAGAUAUUGUUUUGUUAGUAGAAAAAGAAAAAUACUAUAAAGUUUUGUUAGUUUUUAUUAUAAAUAUUUUUGUUACAUUUUUUUAUUUCUUUGCAUAAUUUUACGCCAAUAUUUUAUAUAUUUUUUUUUACAAACAAAUUUUAUUUUUUAAUUUAGUUACGUUUUUAAGUGCCUUUUUGACAAAAAGAAAAAAAAUGAAACAAAAAAAUAUAUAUAUUUAAAUAAUAUGUAAUAUACGACACACUGUUUAUUAAUAUUUAGCUUUAAAUUUUAGCAUAAUUUUUUUUACUACAUUUUUAUUAUAUUUUUACAAUUAAAUUACGUUUAUUUUAUGUAUAUUCAUUUAUGUCUUUCUUAACAAAAAAUCAAUUCUCUCUAUCUUUAUGUUUGUUAUAUUGAUAUCAUUUUCUACAAUUAGCGCUUUUUUCUUUGUUUUAUAAUUUAGUGUAUAUUGUUUAAUGUUUUUCUUUUAUUUGUAUUAUAAUUAAUUUCUCUAUCUAAACUGAAAUGAAACAAUUUUUAAAAUAAUCACAUGUACAUUUAAAAAAAAAAAAAAACUCUAAUAUGCAACAUUUAAUCAUCGAAUACAGUCAGUGUGUUUAGAAGAAAUCAUUUAUAUAAAAGCAAAGUUAAUUUUUUUAAUAAACUAAAAAAAAAACAAACAAGAAAUAGCUAAAUAAUACUUGAUCAACUUGUUGUUGUAUGAUCUUGCCUUGUAAUUUUUUUUGUAAAACAAUAAAAGAAAUGGUUUUUAAAUCAAUAAAUUAUAAGAUUUUAACAAUUAAAACAAAAUAAAAACAAACACUCAUUUAUUACACAAACACAAUAGCAAAAAACAAAAAGUAAAAGUAAAACGAAAAAUCGCAUAUAAGUUAUAAAAAUAAAUAAAUAGUCAUUUUUAAACUGUGUAAGUGUGUGGUAUACUUUUUAAAAUUAAUUAUUAUUAUAAAAUAAUUUAUAAAAAACAAACAAACAUAAUUACAAUUUAAAUAAAAUGAAAUCGAAUUUCACAUUAAACACUAUUAUUUACAUUAACUACAAGAAAAUAAGAAAAA